AUGGCUGUGCACGUCUCAGCGCUCGCCGAUGACGUUCCGCUGGCGGGCCUCGCAGCGCCCACGGCCGCCCUUUUCGCGCUGCUCGCGGACCCGGCGGUCGCCGACACGGUCGAGACGGUGACCUACCAGGCCGAGAAGGGCAACUUCGUCAAGGUCUUCGGCGGCGUGGGCUACUUUUGCCUGGUCGCCUUCUUCUUUGUACGUCUCUUCUCGAAGCGGGCCAAGUUCGCGACGUCGACGCGGAUCGCCUCGCGCAGCGACCCGGACUUCGACCCAGACUCGGAGGCGUCCGCGCCGCGCGACAAGCCCAUCACAGGGCAGCAGGCGCUGGUGACGGCCGUGUUCUGCCUCGCUGUGUCGGCGGUGCUGUGGCAGGUCUCAGUUAGACUGGACGAGUUCAUGACCAAGCAGCCGUCGCUGAUCUCCGACCAGGAGACCGUCCAGCAGAUCGCGAUCACCAUCAAGACGAUCGUCGUCGGCCUCGCGUACCUCAUGACGUGCAUCUUCGGGGCGAACGGAGUCGGCCUCUUCCUCAUGGGCGGGCGCAUGAUCUUCGACCCGGUAUUCGAGCUGGAGGUCAAUAAGCCCCCUGAGUCAGCUGACGUCGCGCGGCGCCCCGCGGCGCCGUCCGGGGCGGACGACGGCUGCGACGGCGCGGUGCCGUCGCCCACGGCGGAGGCGGCGGCGGCGGCGGCGGCCGCCGCGGCGGACGAGGCGCGGAAACAAAAGGCGAUGGGGGGGGUGUCUUCUGCGUGGCGGCCAGAGGGGGCGGAGGACGCCCGGGCGCCGGGGAUCGAGGAGAAGAAGGAGGGGUCCGGGAAGGGGUAUAUUAAUUUGACGGACCGCAUGUGA